AUGAAGGAUAUGUCUGAGAUCCUCUCAACCCCCAAAGACACAGAAAAAUCUGUUGAGGUAGACAAUAACCACUCCCUUCCGCCUUGCGAUACGGAUGUUUUCAAAGGGGACUACCUUUCAUGGCCAACAUUCCGGGAUAUGUUCACGGCCGUAUACAUCAAAAGCAAGCGCCUGUCACCUGUUGAGAAAUUAUACCAUCUCAAUAAAAAGACACAAGGGGAGGCGAAGGUUAUCGUAUCAAAAUGCCCGCUAACAAAUGAUGGGUUUGCAAUGGCAUGGAAGGGUUUGACUGACAUGUACGAAAAUGAGCGUAUACUAGUCGAAACCCAAGUCGACAUACUGCUCGACUUGCCCUCAAUCGAUAAAGAGUGUUCGAGCUCAAUAAAAUGGCUACAGCGGGAGAUCAACAGCUGCAUCUCCUGCCUGACAGCCAAUAAAGUGGACAUUGGGAACUGGGACCCAAUCAUAAUCCACAUAUGUUCCAAGAGACUGCCACAGGCAACAUUGGCCCUGUGGGAACAGUCUGUAAAGAACAAGACCAAGACAUCGAAGUGGGAGGAAUUGGACAACUUCCUCACGGAUAGAUACCGUGAUUUGGAGUCAAUAGAACGUGUCAAGAAAUCGUCCAAUUCUGUAAAGCCUGUCAGUGCACCCACACAGAAUAAAUACCACAACAAUAGCCAUCAGAACAGACUCGGCGCCUUCCAAGUAAGCGUUGAGAAGUCAACCUGUCUGAUGUGCAAAAGCGCAGAUCAAAAAUUAAGAUCUUGCCCCAUGUUUCUUAACAUGGCACCAGCGGACAGGAUCAAGUUCGCUAAGCGCAACAAUCGCCGCAUCAAUUGCCUCGGCUUUGGGCAUUUAGUGUCGCAAUGCACCAGUGCAUUCAACUGCAGCACGUGCCACGCGAGGCAUCACACACUCCUACAUCUGAGGACAGUGCAGCCUAGCAGCCAAAGAGGCUCAUCUACGCCAUCGGACGAGAUUCCGUCUGCGUCCAGGCAAGCGCAACAGAAGCGCAACUUCAACAAGACGAAAGGCAAGCCAACGACUCAAGUACAGUCGUGCUUCGCUAACAGCGACAAAGGUGUCUUGUUAGGAACGGCACAAAUAAAUAUAAAUUACAGCGGCGUUACUUAUGCCGCAAGAGCACUCAUCGACUCCGGGUCAGAGUGCUCUUUCAUCACAGAAAGGCUGAAGCGCAGAAUCAACUUGCCAGUGAGGAAGAUAAAUGCCCAGGUGUCAGGCAUCAACAACACUGUAUCUGCGCAAGUGAAGGAAGCAUGUUGUGUCGAGUUGCGAUCACCAAUUGACCCACUUAUAUCGAUCACAACGAACAUGAUGGUUCUGCCGAAAUUGACGGGAAACUUGCCGACUUGCCAUAUUAGCGCACUAACGCGGCAGGCUUUCCCAGAUCUCACGUUGGCGGAUAAGAGGUUCUUCGUCAAUGAACCCGUGGACGUCAUACUCGGUGGUGACGUCUAUCCCCAGAUUAUGCUGGAUGGCAUACGCAAGAACGUGCUGGGAUCACUUCUUGCGCAAGAGACAGUGUUCGGUUGGAUAGUCACAGGGCGUGCUAAUACAAUUAAGCCAACCAACACUUGCGUCUCGUAUUAUAACGAAAUAUCGCUGGAAAAACAGUUAGCUUCGUUAUGGGAAUUGGAAGAAAUCUCCAAGGAAAAGAAGUUAAGCGAGGAGGACAGGUAUUGCGAAAAGCUCUAUAAGAAGACAACGAAGCGAAGUGAAGACGGGAAGUACGUUGUAUCGCUACCAUUCAGGAAAGACUAUCCGGUCAACAUUAGUCUAGGUAGUUCCUUAAAGAUUGCGUACUCCCAGUUUUAUCGAAAUGAAGCUCGGCUGUCAAGAGACGAAAACCUGCAAAAAGAAUACAACAGGGUAUUAAAUGAAUAUGUUGAGCUGGGUCAUAUGGCAAAGAUACAUACCAAUCAAACGGCCGACUCUAGUAACAACUAUUACCUGCCUCACCACGCCGUAAAGAAGGAAGAGAGCACAUCGACAAAGGUGCGUGUGGUGUUCAAUGCAUCGCAAGCGACUUCAAACGGCACUUCGCUGAAUGACAUCCUUCUCCCCGGGCCAGUUCUUCAGGCAGAUCUGACUAUCUUAAUUCUGCGAUGGCGUUUAUUUAAAUAUGUCUUCAAUAGCGAUAUUGAGAAGAUGUAUCGCCAAAUCCUGUUGAAAGCUGAUCAAACGAAGUACCAGCGAAUCGUUUUCCGCAACCAUCCGACCGAACAAACCAAUAUUUUUGAAUUGAAGACGGUGACGUUCGGAAUCAACUGCGCUCCUUAUCUGGCAAUAAGGACGUUACUCCAAUUAGCUGACGACGUUGAAAGCUCACUACCAGUAGCCUCAAACAUACUCAGGAAGUGCAUGUAUGUUGAUGAUGUCUUAGCAGGUGGACACUCUAUAGAAGCUGCAAUUAAAGCUAGGAAUGAGAUUAGAACAGCAUUGGAGUCGGCAGGUUUCCCAUUAAGAAAAUGGACAGCCAACUGUGGAAGAAUUUUACAAGGCCUUCCAAAAGACCACUUGCUAAACAAAGAGUUUUUAGACUUCGAAGACACAAGUGAUGUCAAGGCUCUUGGGAUAAGGUGGAAUGCGCACACUGACUUCUUCUAUUUUAAAACAAAACCUAUACUCAGCCCAGAAUCAUAUACAAAGAGAGCUAUCCUCUCAGAUAUCGCCAAACUGUUUGACCCAUUAGGAUGGCUAGCACCGAUAAUCGUCACAGCCAAAAUGAUAAUGCAACAUAUUUGGUUGGAAGGAACACCAUGGGACGAGGUUGUAUUACUGGCCGAAACAGUUGAAUCUGUCGUCAACAACCUGGAGCUGACUCAUCUUAAACUUAAACUAUGGACGGAUUCGACCAUUGUUCUCGCAUGCAUUUGCAAGCCACCAUGUUCAUGGUGA